CCGCACAAGGAGAAAUUCAAAAUGGAGGCGGUCGUAUUCGAUGGAAAAACUUUGACAUUAAAAUACGAUAACAAGUAUCCAUUGCCGAAGAUAGAAAACGACGAUGACGUCAUUGUGAAAGUGGAGUACUCCGGGAUAUGUGGGACUGAUCUACACAUUGUACAGGGUGAGUUUCCGGCUUCCAAAGAGCGCCCCCUACCGCUUGGUCACGAAUUCAGUGGCACCAUUACGGAUGUUGGGAAGAAGUCUGUCUUCAGGAAAGGUCAGAAGGUCGUCGUGGAUCCGAACAGAGCCUGCAGCCUCUGUGAUUUCUGUCGUAAAGGAAAAUACCAGUACUGCUUGACCGCCGGUAUUAACAGUACCGUCGGGAUCUGGCGGGACGGAGGCUGGGCCCAGUACGUAAAGGUUCCGCAGGAUCAGGUCUACCUCCUACCUGACGGCGUGUCCACGGAGCAAGGUGGCCUAUGCGAGCCAUACUCUUGCGUGGCGCACGGCUACGAUCGCGCUUCCCCUCUACUUGUCGGAGAGAAAAUCCUCAUCGUCGGAGCCGGAAUUAUUGGUAACCUGUGGGUCACGUCCCUACAUCAACUAGGCCACAGAGACGUGACCGUUUCAGAGAUGAAUAAAGUCAGACUUGAAAUCGUCAACAAACUGGAGACUGGAUACAGGUUGGUCACUCCCGAUGUUCUGGACAAGGAGAAACAGCUGUAUGACGUCAUCAUCGACUGCACAGGCGUCGGUAAAGUGAUGGAGAUCAGUUUCAAUUAUCUUCGUCACGGCGGGAAAUACGUGCUAUUCGGAUGCUGUCCACCGACUCAUCAAGCUUCGAUAAAUCCAUUCCAAAUUUACGACAAGGAACUGACCAUCAUCGGCGUUAAGAUCAACCCGUUCAGCUUCCCUAACGCCUUGGGCUGGCUGAAGGCCAUGGGUAAUAGAUACGUGAAUUAUGAAAAACUCGGCGUGAAGACGUACGCUCUAUCCGAAUACGAAAGCGCUCUGAAAGAUUUAAGAGCCGGCCUUGUUUCUAAAGCCAUGUUCAAAAUCAAUUAAAUAAUACAAAAAUCUUGUUUUA